UUUCCCAACAACUAUAGGAUCUAUGGAAAACCAAUUUUCUUAAUACAUUGGAUAAACUGCAUUAUACAUGCAAAACUAAUGAUUAAAAAAAAUCCAGCAGGCAGGUAUAAUUUUCAAGACCGUACACAAUCAAAUGAAAAUACUCGAUUUAGUUAAAGAAAUCAAUAUUGGUAUAAGCUUCCCAAUGCAUUUUCGCUUCGUUUCAAAAUUUUGUUUACACUUCGCCAAGAAAACGUCCGUUGUUAUUGGUAAAUUCAAAAGGUCAAGAUAUCGCUACAUUACUUAGUAGGCUUAUAAAUGCGAACUCAUUUCAAAAAAUCUACCAGGCUGCCUGCUUUACAAUGUGCUAGACCAGAAAACAAAGUUUUUCUGCAAGCUAGCUUAAACUAUAAGAAUGCUUGUGAAGAUCGUAUACAUUUCAACAGGGAAGCAAUAGCCAUGUUUUUUACAAAUAAAAGCUAUCGGAUAAAACAUGUCUUUUUUUUUACUCGAUAACAAGGCUUGCUGUUUCCCAAUCGACUCUAAAUCUGCAGCCGGAAAUCUUAUCGAGAAUAUUGCCUGUCUCCGCCCGCUGUUGCCUACACCUCAAUAUGAUUCAAUUUAUCUCGCUAAACCUAAUCAAUUUUCUCAUUAACUUCUUGCAAACAAGAUUAGCCGACGCUGGAAGAUGAUUGGGCCAGCCUUCGCAUGUCGGCACACAAAGUAAUCCUCUCUUUUUAGCAAUGCAACUCAAACUCACACCGUUCUGAGUAAUAUUUGUGUAGCUAAUAACAGAAAUAUCUGAAAUGCUGAAAUACUCAUGAACUGUGCAUUUACUCAUUCUUGUGAAACCGUAUCUUGAUGAAUUACUAAGCAGAAAAUUAAACUGGAAAAUUGGAUUCGUUUUCUCCCAAAAGUGCAUGCAUUUUCGUGUACCUCUGGCGCUAAUUCAUUAAAGUACUUAACUUGACUAAUUUAGCUUUCGAGUUUUAUAUAUAAAUUACUGAGGUUUUCAUAGUGUAAUUUCAGAUAAGGAGUGUGUUUAUCCUUCAAACUAUCCUAACGAAGCCCAUUCAAAUUUCCAUUUAGACUACAGUAACGAAUGAUUUGCCCUGAUCCUGUUUGGAAAGAAUAGCUCUAUGUAACGAUUUAUUUUUUUAUUUUUAUGUUGCGGAUUACCGAGCUAAAGAAUUGAUUUAUCGAAUUUGGACGCGUGACCGCCUGUGCAAAUAGAAAGAUUAUCUAUCUUCAUUGAAUAAUUUAAGCGAUUUCGAUUAAACUCCAUAUUAAAAACAACAUCUCUUUAUCGCGGUAUGAAAUUUGAAGAAAACGACGCGGUAGCGUUUGAAAACGCCGUCGCGAUGGCAGAUGAAGAAUGCUUAGGAGCCGUUCUGGAGGAAAAUACGACGACAACGACGCUAGGAACUUCGGACGACAAACAAAAACAAACUUUCCUGAUAGCUGAAGACGAGGGGGAUCAUAUCUCGAGUCUUCAGGUGGAUAGAUGGCGAAAAUUAAGCAAGCAAAUUCGCGGUGUUCUGGCCAUCAAAAACGCUGCGGUUAAACCGAAUCGGAGGCGAACUGGACGAAGAUCUACGACAAACAUUGAUCCAUUUCUGCAGAAAUUUAGCACGAGAGAGAUAGGGUUAACGACACAGACCUCGGGGGCAUCUUUGCAUUCAAUCGAGGAAGCAAAUGAAGAUCUUACACCCGGGCAAGAAGCGUCAAAGAAUCUGGACGAGGGUUCUGGUCAAAAAGCUUAUCCCAUUAGAGCGUCCUUGACACUUAGUGAUCUAAUCCCCACCGGGGUUAUUGACCCCGAUGGUUCAUUCAUAUACUAUUGGAUGCAUUUGCUUAUAACUGCUGUUAGGUACAAUCUCUGGGUAAUUAUCCUUCGUUUUGCCUUCGUAGAGGCACAAGAAAAUCAUGCGACUCUGUGGUGGACUUUAGACUCCGUAUCCGACCUCGUAUAUUUAGUGGAUAUUUUCGUCAACUGCCGUGUCGGCUUUUACGAGGAAGGCAUUUUGGUCAGGGACACUAAACGCGCUUGUAAACGCUACAUUUUAAGCUGGAAGUUUUUCUUGGAUGUCGUUUCAAUACUUCCUUUAGAGUUGCUGUACCUGAAGAUGGGAGUCAGACCAAUUUUACGUUUUCCAAGACUGUUAAAAACAUACAAAUCUCAGGAAGUAAAGACGAAGAUCGAGGGUCGCGCCAAUCAUCCGACAAUCGUGCGCGUUUUUUUCCUCGUACAUUUGAUGCUCUUGUUGCUUCACUGGAACGCUGGGAUAUAUUUUCUGAUUGCGCGCGCAGAGGGUUUUGGGACCAAUGGUUGGGGAUAUCCCGCGCUGAAUGGCAGUUACAAUACGCUCACCAGAAAAUACGUGCACUCGUUUUAUUGGUCCGCAAUGACGUUGACAACUAUAGGAGACCUGCCAACGCCUGAGACCAACGUCGAGUACUUCUACACAAUUGCUUGUUAUCUUUCCGGUGUGUUUGUCUUUGCUACGAUUGUGGGUAACGCUGGGAGUAUCAUUUUGGACAGAAACGCCAGUCGACUGGAUUUUGAAAAACAAAGAGAUAACGCUAAAAGCUACAUGAAAAUACACAACGUCCCUGGAGAACUGCAAAGAAGAGUUUUGAAAUGGUACGAUUAUUCCUGGUCGAGGGGCCGCAUGAGUGGUGGCAGUGGAGACUUGAAUUCUCUGCAUCUUCUUCCUGACAAAAUGAAGACGGAGAUAGCCUUGCAUGUUCAUUUGGAGACUCUGAAGAAGGUGACAUUUCUGCAGAAUUGUGAACCAGAGUUUCUUCAUGAACUUUUGUUGAAAAUGAGACUCUACAUUUUCACUCCUGGUGAUCUGAUUAUCAGACAUGGUGAGAUUGCCAGAGAAAUGUACCUCAUAGCACAUGGAAGAAUAGAAGUUAUAAGUGAAACGGGGAAGCUUUUAAAGGAACUUGGCUCAGGCGAUUUCUUUGGUGAAAUUGGAAUACUUUCUCUUAGCGAGGGACAAAAUAGGAGGACAGCUGACGUACGAUCAAUUGGCUACACCGAGUGCUUUGUUCUUUCCAAAGACGAUGUUCUUGGUGAAAUACACCAAUUUCCACAUGCGCAGAAAAUCCUGGCAGAGUAUGGCAAGAAACGUCUCAAAAACACAAGCGGUGAUCCGAGACUUGUGAAACUGGAUGGUCAAGACUCGCCUGUUGCAAAGAGCCGUUGGAAAGCGACUCGAUCUCACAUCGUUAACAUGUUUAGCGAAAAACAGAGCCCGGGGAAUGAAAACGAGGAACGACCGUUGAUGGGGUUGUUCAAGACUGUCGCAAGAGAUGAGGUGAUACCAUCGUUGAAUUCACCUGGCAACCUGAUAGAUGACAGCUCUGAAAAGAAAUCGAUGUCAAACAAUUGCUCUAAGGUUGGAGAGAAUCCUACAGAGUUACCUUCACCUGGCACGAGCUGUUCACGUGAUCCCGCGAUUGAAUCACGUGAUCAGCCGGAUGGUUCGAGGAGUCAGACAAACGGAUCAGGUGACCUCUUGAGGGAGCUUUCUAACCUCUCACCAGAAUCAAGUAAUCAUCUGGUUGGAUCACGUGGUCAAGACUCUAACGUACACGCGGUGAACACGCGUCGUGGAUCGUGUGAUAAGAGGAAGAAUGAAGAGACCGGUGUGAGCGUGAGUAAAACGGAAAAAAGUACCACGAAGAACAGUUAUCAAAUGCGUGGAAAUACACGCAUGUCACGCACGCGUGAGUCAGUCACGCGUCAGCCACGUGACAUCAGCUCUUGCCUAAACACGUUGGAUUAUCUAAAGGCCGUGUUGCAAAGCACUAUGCAUGAAAACGACAGACAGGACGAACAUGUAGCAAAAAUUGAAAAUGAACUGACGGAUGAACGAGAAAAAUUACAUGAGGCAGAAAAGAAGAUAAAAAAUCAGGAGGAAGAAAUACGAAAACUUAGGGAGACCAAUCUGACAUUGAAAGAAAGAAUAAAACAAACAGAGAGCACGAUAACUCAAAUGGAAGAUGUUCUGCAGUUAACACAAACUAAGGAAAGCGAAGCCGCUGCAAAAGAUCUCGGAGAACUCAGACGGGAUCGAAAAAUGGGAAGCGUUUCUUUGUUGGAACUAUCAGAGGACGGGAUUGGAGGUCCUGAAAACAUUUUGACAACAAAACCAGCUUCAAAGAUCUCCGACACCCAGUGUUAGACUAAAAGUCAGAAACUUCUAGAAACUUCAGGUUUGCAGCUUUUGACAACAAGAAAAGCCGACUAAAUGAAACGGAAUUGUUCUUGGCAAAAGCAUCAGAAAAGAGGAACUCAUGAAGAAAGUCAUCGCACGCGCAAAUAUUGACAUAAUUAUACACUAUUUAUUCGAUUAUUUAUUGAGUUUCAUCAAAGCUC